CAACUUUCUGCUCCUCCCUUGCAUAAACUUUCUCGUCCCUGCGCCUGGCUCCGUGCGCGGACCCGGGAGCCCGCCGCACUCCCCGCAUUCCUGCCGCACUCUCCGGCCCGGCCCGGCCCGGCCCGGCCCGGCCCUGCUCCCACUCCCGGUCCGGCCCCGGUCCGGUCUCGGUCCCAGCACCCGCGGCCGGCCCAGCCCCUCCGAAGUACGGAGUAGGUUGUCGCGUGUCCGUGGGGGCUCGGGGUUGGAGCCCAGAGCAGCCAGCACCAUAGCGUCCAACAGCUGGAACGCCAGUGGCAGCCCCGGGGAGGGGCGGGAAGAUGGCCAGGACGGCAUGGACAAAAGUCUGGACAAUGACGCCGAGGGCGUGUGGAGUCCGGACAUCGAGCAGAGCUUCCAGGAGGCGCUGGCGAUCUACCCACCCUGCGGCCGGCGGAAGAUCAUCCUCUCGGAUGAGGGCAAGAUGUAUGGUCGGAACGAACUGAUUGCGCGGUACAUCAAGCUGCGGACAGGGAAGACACGGACAAGGAAGCAGGUGUCCAGCCACAUACAGGUUCUAGCUCGGAAGAAGGUGCGGGAGUACCAGGUUGGCAUCAAGGUCUCUAGCCACUUGCAGGUUCUUGCCCGGCGGAAAUCUCGUGAGAUUCAGUCCAAGCUGAAGGCUAUGAACCUGGACCAGGUCUCGAAGGAUAAGGCUCUGCAGAGCAUGGCUUCCAUGUCCUCCGCGCAGAUUGUGUCGGCCAGCGUCCUGCAGAACAAGCUCAGCCCCCCACCUCCUCUUCCUCAGGCUGUCUUCUCUGCUGCCCCCAGGUUUUGGAGUGGGCCUAUCCCCGGACAGCCUGGACCCUCUCAGGACAUUAAACCGUUUGCACAACCAGCCUACCCCAUCCAGCCACCCAUGCCUUCAUCACUAGCCAGUUACGAGCCCCUGGCUCCACUGCCACCAGCCGCCUCGGCCGUGCCUGUCUGGCAGGACCGCACCAUUGCCUCUGCCAAGCUGCGGCUCCUCGAGUACUCAGCCUUCAUGGAGGUGCCACGGGACACCGAAACGUACAGCAAACACCUCUUUGUGCACAUUGGCCAGACGAACCCCUCGUACAGCGACCCACUGCUGGAGGCCGUGGACAUCCGCCAGAUCUACGACAAGUUCCCCGAGAAGAAAGGUGGCCUCAAGGAGCUCUAUGAGCGUGGCCCCCAGAACUCCUUCUUUCUCGUCAAAUUUUGGGCAGAUCUGAACAGCACGAUCCAGGACGGGCCAGGGACUUUCUAUGGUGUCAGCAGCCAGUACAGCAGUGCAGAGAAUAUGACCAUCACAGUCUCCACCAAGGUGUGCUCCUUUGGGAAGCAGGUCGUGGAGAAAGUGGAGACGGAGUACGCACGGCUGGAGAGCGGCCGCUUCAUCUACCGCAUCCACCGGUCCCCCAUGUGCGAGUACAUGAUCAACUUCAUCCACAAGCUCAAGCACCUCCCGGAGAAGUACAUGAUGAACAGCGUCCUGGAGAAUUUCACCAUCCUGCAGGUUGUGACAAACAGGGACACCCAGGAGACCUUGCUCUGCAUUGCCUUCGUUUUUGAGGUGUCCACCAGCGAGCACGGCGCCCAGCACCACGUCUACAAGUUGGUCAAGGACUAGGGGCCCCCAGGGACGGGGGAUGAGGGGUACAAGGGAGGGAGGGGGCCACACAGAAAAGCUGCCUGUGCCUGUUACCUUGUGAGAAGUCACUUGAAGAGAGGAAGAGGAGGAGGAAGAAAAACAAUAGCCAAAAAAGACUGAUUUGCAAUUGCAGAUGUUUUCUACUUAGGAA